UUUCACAACGCAGUUCACACAACACAAGUUUCACACACACUUUCACCCUACAAUAAAUACACAGGGAUCAAGUCCGAGAUGUGUGACGACACCAAAUGGGCUACCAAAGACUCUAAGACUAAGUCUCCUGGGAGUGGCGAGCCUGCCAAGGGAGGGAAGCCCUCUGGCAUCACGGGGUUGAAGAUCUGCCCCCAAUUGGACCGCACCAGAUGGUGCGAAAAGUUGCCCAGAGGUCACGAUGAGAACGUCUGCCACCUGGUGUCGCAGAAGCGCCGGGAUAUCCUCAAGAUGAUGAAGAGUCUGGUGGAUGCUCACGUAGAUAACCCAGUUUGUCCAGAAUGGGAUACCUCUGGAACUUGUGAGAACACUCCAGGGCCGUACAGAUUUGGCGUCGUUAAGCGAUCUGCGAACAACGACAAUUACAAGAUCAUUGCCAGUCAGCUGACCGCAAGCGGGUGUGAGUGUAUCAAGAGGAAUGGGCUGCAGGACGACUGUAGACUGCCGAGGUGUCGAGGGUCUCCGGCCUGCAAGAUCACGCCCUUCCCUAAGUGUGAGCCCUUCCUAGGGAUCCCGGCCUCGCCGAGUAAGGGUCACCCUGCCCUUGCCACUGUGUAUGGUGACAACUGUAGAUGUCCUACCCACUAAUACCGACUGUACAAUAAACAUCAUAAUUCUCCAUGAA